AUGGGACGUAGCGGUCGGCUGCUCCCGCGCGGAUGCUGCGCAGGCGCGCCGCCGGAAACGGAAGUCACGGGCGCGUUCGCGCGCUCAUCUGUGGAAAAAUCGCGGGCGCUCGAAAUUACUAGAAAGAGACUAUCUUUAAAUGAGCUAUUCGCCAAAGGUGGCACAUUUAGCAGAUUGGUGUACAAUCGCAAUUAUUUGAUCGUGAUGUUCGAGAAAAAUAGUGCUGCCAAUUUUCCAGAAUCGGAACGAGGUGAAAGAUUUUCUUUACAUCUCUGUAUGGACUCAAGAUUAUAA